GCUCCACAACGGUUCUGCAAAAUGGCGUCUCUUGGCGGGACGCUCAAGUAAAGUUGUCGAAACGAAACAUUUCUUAAAUUGGCGUAAUUUCCAAAAAUACGUACAUCCUGUGGUCUAAGAAACUCCUGGAUAAUUCUUUAGAAAAUGGGGACACCAGUGGAUUGCGAUCGUGUGUCUUCUAUCUCUACGUCCAUGGGAAACAGCCCAGAUUGGACGCCGCUCGCCUCGGCGCAGUGUGAGAUGAAGCAGGAGUGUGUGGAGGUGUGGCGAGACGUCAACAUGGUUCAGCAAAGUCUUGAUGAGGAGACAGCAGGUGCUGGUCCUGCAGAUAGCCACUGCCCCCUGUUGGCUGUCAGCAGAGCCAAACAGCUGCAGCUACAGGCGCAGGUGGAAGUACUGGAGUCUCAGCAGCCGCAGCUCAUGUCUACCCACAAAAAGGUGAUAGAAGCGGUUCUGGUGAAUCUUCUGCAGGAGUCUCUGGAGCAGCUAGCUGAACUCCUCCCAGCCAUGAAGGUACAGCAGAAGGAGCUGUCGGCAUCCCUAGAGUUGGAGGAACAGUUGUUAGAGCAACGACAGGAGAUAGGGAGGAUGCUAGAGAGUCGCCUGGCAGAAGUACCAGAGGCACAGGAAACAUCUGUGGACAGUAGGGUGAAAACAUUUAGAAGGAAAAUAAAGGCAGCAGAGCAGUUCCAUGGUAACCUGGUGCAGAGCUUGGCUGAAUUCUUGGACACACACUUCCCUCCCCCACAGCCAGGUAAGGGGAAGGGACGCCGCCGUCACGGAUCCGGCCCGGUGGACAGGACUCUUGAUGUUGACGACCCCCAGUGGGAGACUCUGAACAAUAUGAUAGAGACACUUAUAUGCAAGUCAAUGGACUCACCACAUGAUCCGUACAUACCCAUGGAGCCAAGAUACUGGCCACCAUAUGUUGAGAUGCUGCUGAGAUGUGGUAUUGCACAAAGGCACCCUGAGGACAGCGGCAGAUUUAAACUGGCACCGUUUGACCUCUGAGACACUGAAAGUCUUUUGUAUGUUACUGGUUUCUGUACUUAUUCAGUAUAUGUGCUUGAUAGUUUUAAUCCCAUGGGUCACAUCCUUUCAAGCUUUGUACAGCUAUUGAUUGUAUAUAGUGGUGUCUAAUGUAUAAUUUUCUCAAGAUUGGGGCCCUGGCUUAGCCAGAUAAAAAGGAUGCUUGUUGUACUGCCCUCCAUUGACUUUCGGGAGGUACUUAGUAUAUAAAUGCUAGAUUUGAAUUGAAUUAUGCUCAUCAUAAGGUUUACCGAAAUGUUUACAUUUGGGAGUUGGAUUUUAGUUAUUUAUGGCUUGGUAGUCACGUAUGUGUAUACAGAGUGUUCUAUGCCAUUUGACAUAAGGAUGCAUUGGUAUUUUGGUCCAAUUUCUAGCAAGAUGUUUAUGUAUGUAUGCAAAGUGAAAUGGAUUCAAAGAGCAGAGCAAAUCCAGCCAUUCACAAUCAACAACUGACUCUUUAUGUUUAAUAUGGAUUCACUUUACAGAAAUAAAUGUACAUAUAACCAGGUGGCAUAGGAACAGAUAGGCAAGAGUGUUUGCUGAACUAAAAUGUAUCAUUUACACUGUGAGCUGUGGGUCGAGGAGUGCAUCUCUGUGGAAAAUAUGUUUCACUAGAAGAGAAACUCUUCUGAUCAUAGAUGCUACGCAAUGAUGUGAUGUAAAAAUUUGAUCUUAUUUUAUCAUUAUUUUCUUGUAGUCAUUUAAUGCUACAUGUAAAUGGUAUCCCCCAGGCUCCAGCACAAGGAAAGUACUGUUUCAGACUUUACCACGUGUAGGACCAUUGAAAUUGACGAAAUAGAACAUGUUUGGAGUGUAAGGGAAUCUUUUACCAAAAGGCAGGAUGUACCUGUACAUAGAAAUGUCCUUUACAUAGAUACAAGAAUUUCAUUUGCAGAUAAGCCUUGACUGUAUGUAUAUAUAUGUAUAUAUAUAUGCUAUUUUAGAUAAGUGGAUGUUUGGUCAGGUUUUUAGUUACACUAUGUUUAUGAGGUUUGAAUCACGGGCUUACUCAACUUACUGCAAUUAUCUGUACUUUAUCAGGACAAACCUACUACAGACAAGUCAUGCUCAAAAGGCAACAUGAUCUGAGCAAAUCUUUUAUAAUGCUACUAUUAGUAUCUAAUUAGUUCAUGUGUAUAGCAGUAGUUGUACCGGAAUCUGAUACAUGCACUUUCAAAUUGAGCCUUGUACAUUUAUGUCUGCACUUUGCAUUGCGGUUUAUGUACUUUGCCAGCUUCAAUUUAAAUACCAUACACAUAUGAAAGUCACUACUGUCUCUUUCUUGUAUCCCGAUUUAUUAUAUAACAAAACUACAUCUAUAGCUCUCAAAAGCUGUUGGCUAACUCUAUCCUCAUAUGCCAGGUACUCAAUGGUAGCAUUGUCUGUCCAUUCCUGGAUAUCCUUGUUUUUGUUUACCUUGUUUUUGUAAUCCUAGAGUCUAGAUGCUAGAGUCAUACUCCACAGUGAAACAGACCAAGUCACUUGAUGUUACAUAUCAGCUUUUAUUAGGUCACAUCUGAUGGGUCAAAAGGCUAAACAUGCAUAGUAUCACUUAACAACCACACGAUCCAUAACUCUCAAUGCCAACACAUAUACAAAUACAGCUCUUCUAGUAGUUGAAAUCACGAUACUAGUUUGUUAGUACAUGUACUUCAUCCCGAGCCUCACUCAAUGUAACAGUACAUUCCCUUCCGAGUCCAAAGUUCUCUGCAGGUUAAACUUGGACUAACAGUCCUAUAUAUUAGUGCUGCAACUUGUCUGUCAAGCAGAGAACACCCUGCAUGCCUCAAUAAUUGUAGUCCUAUACACUGCUUUAUACAAGCACAUAUAUAUUAUUGCUAAGCAUGUAUAGGCAUAGAGAUAUUCACCCUAUCAAUAAUAAUAAAAAUUUUUUAAACAAAUACAAGCUCAACAUGCCAAUAUUGAAGAAAAAUUGAAGCAAGCAAAUGAGUCCAGUUUCUGUGUCUUGUUUUAUCAACAUACGUUUUUGGCUACCGUAGUAUGUUUACAUUGUACAAAGAUGGUUGAUUUUUACCCCUGGAGCUCAUACUUAAAUUUUUUUCCCUCUAGCCAGACGUAAAUUCUUCAAAUGAAAUGGCUGCCUAGUACUAGUACAUUGUCCUGUCUUGUUGGCAUUCUUCUUACUGCAAAUCAAAGUCCAAAAGUUGAAGAAUAUUGUGCUGAUAUGUACAUAUCCCAAUCCUACAGGAAAAGAAGAUACAUGUACCUUGAAUACUGGUACAUACAGUAUCUUCAGAAUAACAGCUAAGCAGCAACAGCAAAACAGGCAAGGUGUAAUAUAUCAUGGCAUAACACACAACGGCUCAUAAAUUUCCAUGUCAUGUAGAAAUGUUCAUACAUACUAUACUAUAUACAAGAUAUUGAUAAUCAAAUCCACACAACACAUGGGUUAUGUAAGUGAUCACUUAUCAAAAUUGGAAAACUGUACGACAAUGAGGCUGUAUUGCAAAUUGACUGGACGUGCAAAAAAUGAGUCCAAAGAUUAUUGUUUUGUGAAAAUGUCCUGCAAAAUUU